AAGUUCCUUCGGCCGUUGGGCGGGAUAGGCUUAUCGUUAAUAAACCGAAGGUACUCGUCGAGGGACACAAAUGCUAAACGACGUCGCUUUCUCCCUUGACACUCCCAGACUCUGAUAUAGAAGCCCGGAGAUCAUUUGUAGUUAGAGAGGGAACGGAAAAAUGGUACACAGUGCCUAUGAUUCCUUCGAGCUCCUCAAUAAUUGUCCGACCAGGAUCGAGACCAUCGAAUCGUACGGGGCCAAGCUCUUCCUAGGAUGCAGCGACGGAUCUCUCCGAAUCUACGGUCCAGAAUCCUUCAGCUUCGACCGAUCGCCGCCCUCCGAUCCCAAUGCCUUAGAGCUGCGAAAGGAACCAUAUGUACUAGAGAGAACCGUGACUGGGUUCUCGAAGAAGCCCUUGGUGGCAAUGGAAGUCUCGGGUACGAGAGACCUUCUUCUGUCGCUCUCGGAAUCUAUCGCAUUUCACCGGCUUCCCAAUUUAGAGACAAUUGCCGUGAUCACCAAGGCAAAAGGCGCUAAUGUGUAUUCGUGGGACGAUCGGAGAGGGUUCUUGUCCUUUGCCAGGCAAAAGAGAGUCUGUAUUUUCAGGCACGAUGGGGGCCGGGGAUUUGUGGAGGUUAAAGAAUUUGGUGUUCCAGAUUUUGUGAAGUCAAUGUCUUGGUGUGGUGAAAAUAUAUGUUUGGGGAUUAGAAGAGAAUAUAUGAUAUUGAAUGCCACAAACGGUGCAUUGUCUGAGAUAUUUCCUUCUGGGAGGAUUGCCCCACCUUUAGUGGUCUCCCUUCCUUCUGGAGAACUUCUUCUUGGGAAGGACAACAUUGGGGUUUUUGUGGACCAAAAUGGGAAGCUUCUUCAAGAGGGCAGGAUUUGUUGGUCUGAGGCCCCUAAAGUUGUUGUCAUUCAGAAGCCAUAUGCAAUAGCUCUCUUACAGAGACAUGUUGAGAUACGGUCCCUCCGAGUUCCAUAUCCAUUGAUACAAACUGUGGUUCUCCGCAAUAUGUGUCAUCUUCACCAGAGUAACAAUGCCAUACUUGUUGCAGUAGACAACUCUGUUUAUGGGCUAUUCCCUGUUCCUCUAGGAGCACAGAUUGUACAACUAACAGCGUCUGGUGAUUUUGAGGAAGCUUUGGCUUUGUGCAAAAUGCUUCCACCAGAAGAUGCAAGCCUCCGAGCUGCAAAGGAGGGGUCAAUUCAUAUAAGGUAUGCACACUAUCUGUUUGAAAAUGGGAGCUAUGAAGAGGCCAUGGACCAGUUUUUGGCAUCUCAAGUAGAUAUCACCUAUGUGCUUUCUUUGUAUCCAUCCAUUGUUCUUCCCAAAUCAGUUGUGCUUCCUGAGCCUGAGAAGCUGAUGGAGAAUGUUUGGGAUGCUUCACAUCUCUCAAGAGGUUCAUCUGGUGUCUCAGAUGAUAUGGAAUCCUCACCUCCUCCACAGCUAUUGGAAUCUGAAGAAAAUGCAGUACUUGAGUCAAAGAAAAUGAGCCACAACACUCUCAUGGCUCUUAUCAAGUUCUUGCAAAAGAAGAGAUACAAUAUAAUUGAGAAGGCCACUGCUGAGAGAACGGAGGAGGUUGUUUUAGAUGCUGUUGGAGAUAAUUUUGCAUCUUAUGAUUCAACUAGGUCUAAAAAAUCAAACAAGGGGCGUGUUAACAUUGCCAUCAGCUCAGGUGCUAGGGAGACAGCAGCAAUACUAGAUACAGCACUACUCCAAGCCCUGCUUCUUACUGGACAGUCUUCAGCUGCUUUGGAAUUACUGAAAAGUCUUAACUACUGCGAUAUGAAAAUAUGUGAAGAGAUUCUUCAGAAAAGAAAUCAUCACACUGCUCUGUUAGAACUUUACAAGUGCAAUGGAAUGCAUCAUGAUGCUCUCAAACUUUUGCAUCAAUUGGUAGAAGAUUCAAAGUCAGACCAACCACAAGCUGAACUAAGCCAAAAAUUCAAGCCUGAAAUGAUAAUUGAAUAUCUCAAGCCUCUGUGUGCAACCGAACCUAUGCUUGUCUUGGAGUUCUCAAUGCUUGUUCUUGAAAGCUGUCCAUCACAAACUAUUGAUCUCUUUUUGUCUGGAAAUAUUCCGGCGGACUUGGUCAACUCUUACUUAAAACAGCAUGCUCCAAACAUGCAAGCCAUGUACUUAGAGCUUAUGCUUGCCAUGAAUGAACAUGGGAUCUCUGGAAAUCUGCAGAAUGAGAUGGUGCAAAUCUAUCUAUCAGAAGUACUUGAAUGGCAUGCAGAUUUAUCUGCUCAGGGGAAAUGGGACGAGAAAGCUUAUUCCCCUACAAGGAAGAAAUUAUUGUCUGCUUUGGAAAGUAUCUCAGGUUAUAACCCUGAGGGUUUGUUGAAGCGUCUUCCCCCAGAUGCUUUAUAUGAAGAGCGUGCAAUUUUGCUGGGCAAAAUGAACCUGCAUGAGUUUGCCUUAUCUCUGUAUGUCCAUAAGCUUCAUGUUCCUGAACUGGCACUGUCCUAUUGUGAUCGUGUAUAUGAGUCCGUACUUCAUCAAACUUCAGGAAAAACUUCUGGCAAUAUAUACCUCACUCUUUUGCAAAUCUAUUUGAACCCUCGAAGGACAACAAAGAACUUUGAAAAGAGAAUUACUAGUCUAGUAUCAUCUCAGAAUACAAGCAUUCCGAAGGUCAGUUCAGGAACAUCAGUUAAAGCUAAAGGAGGUCGUUUGGGUAAGAAAAUUGCUGAGAUUGAGGGUGCAGAAGACAUGCGAGUUAUCAGCAGCACUGAUAGCGGGAGGAGUGAUGGUGAUGCAGAUGAACCUAGUGAGGAAGGAGGUUCUAGCAUCAUGCUUGAUGAGGUCCUUGAUCUGUUGAGCCGAAGGUGGGAUAGAAUCCAUGGAGCACAGGCCCUCAAACUCUUACCGAGGGAAACUAAAUUGCAGAACUUGCUUCCAUUUCUUGGGCCUCUCCUGAGGAAAUCCAGUGAAGCAUACAGGAAUCUAUCAGUGAUCAAGAGUCUUAGACAGAGUGAGAAUUUGCAGGUAAAGGAUGAACUCCACAACCAGAGGAAAACGGUUGUGAGGAUCAGCAGUGACAGUAUGUGCUCUCUCUGCAACAAGAAGAUAGGGACAAGUGUUUUCGCUGUCUACCCCAAUGGGAAGACACUGGUGCAUUUCGUUUGCUUUAGAGACUCACAGAGUAUGAAGGCUGUGGUUAAAAGCUCUCCACUGAGAAAGCGUUAAAUUUCAAUUCAUACGGAAGUAAACAAAUGCCCUUUCCACUUUAAGCAUGGCAAGUGAUGAUUUUUGUGCAUGAAUUUGAACUGUAGAAGUCGUCCCUGGAGACGCUUGAGUUGGCUUUACGGCAUCGUCGUUUGUUACUACCGGGCUUUCCUCUUCCUUUGGCAUGCAAGUUAACACUACCUUGUAGUGGAAGACUUGCAACAAUGAACUUAUAAAAAGGGAGCACUUGUUGUUUGUUAGAUUGUUGGAAUGUAAUGUUUGCAUUUUCAAGAGUGAGAUUUUUUUUGUGAGGCUGCUUUUGUAAAGAGAGUUUGAAAUUUUAGAGUCAGCCUCUUGAUAUUAAAAUUUUAUAGUCUCCAGGCUAUAGUUUGUAUUAAGCUUGUAACUACCAAGACGACUAAAAAUCCAUAAUAAAGCAACUGAAUUUCUUCAA